UGUGUCCGUCAUUCAUUCAUUCAUUUACUUGCUAAAAAAGGCAGAGAACAGAAACGGGAAAUGUUGGCAAAUUAGUACUGAUAAAUAUAUUAUGGCAUCCGGGACAUCCUCUUUGGAAAGCAAUGGGAGUAAUGAAUCAAUAUCCCAUAGCUACGUCAGCAAUGAGCGACAUAAUACAACACAAAUAAGCACGAUACCGCUUGAGUAUGAUGUAUUAUCAUCAUCACAAUGCUACGACAAGCCAAACUACACCAGUCACACACACGCAAUGAGUGCGCCCUACGAGCUGGGCCAGUAUGACGUCAUAAACAAACAGGCUAAUGAAAACCUGAAACAGCAGUGCGAAAAGGCCCUUCACGAUUUAAAUCAGCUGAGACGACAACACACCGAAACGUCAAGAAGGUGUGAACAUGUUAUGAAGGAGUUGGAGUACUUCCGUGGUCAGCACCGGGCAGCGAUGAAUCAGCUGGAAGUGUCCGCGCAGGAGGCGAGCAGCCUUCGCGGCAAAUAUGGCGACCUGCUCAACGACAAUCAACGACUCGAGCGUGAAGUUCAACACUUACAACAAAAUAGUAACGCGGAAGGUUCAGAUGCUCUCGUUCAUACUCUCAGGAAAUACGAGGCUCUCAAGGAAGAGUUUGAUUGUUUCCAAAAGAGGUAUGAUGACUUGAUAGAAAACAAUAAUGCUACACUAGAGAACCUACGAAUUGUACAAGAAGAGAACAGUAGGUUGAAGACGCAGUGCCACGAGUUGACACAAGAGAGAAAUGCUGUGAUACGUGAACGGAACGCCCUGAAGCAGCAAGUGGCGAGCGUGGUGCGGCAGUGGGAGGGCGGCGUGCGUGAGCGAGCUGACAUCAAGCGGCUCACGGACGAGCGCAACGCGGCCAUGGCCGAGUACACGCUCAUCAUGAGCGAGAGGGACACGGUGCACAAGGAGAUGGAGAAGCUGUCGGACGACCUGCAGGCGGCGCUGAAGCGGGUCGCCGCGCUGGAGGCGGCGCUGCAGGCGUCGCGCGAGGAGCAGCGCGCCACCGCGCUGCAGGCCGAAAGUCUGCGACGUGAGAUAGAAUCGGCGUUGGUCGACCGUGACCGCGCCAUCAAGGAGUGCACCGACUUAAAGACACCACAGAACACGGCUACAUUGGGCAAGUCAAGGCAAGAUAAUUCAGCUUAUCAUCACUUGGGUCUAUCCAGUGGAGUUGGGACGGACGGUUUUCUCAACGGACAACACUCCAAUGACCCAUCAAUGGAUAAAUUGCAAGGGCUGGUGGGCCUGGCGGCGGACGCGGCGGAGGCGGAGCGCGUGGACGACGUGGAGCAGGCCAACCGCCAGAUCGAGCGCCUGCGCGCGCGCGCCGAGCGCCUCGCCGCCGAGCUGCACGACGCGCAGCGCGAGGCCGAGGUCUCCAAGCGUAGAAGAGACUGGGCCUUCUCUGAAAGAGAUAAGCUUUUGCAAGAACGAGAAAGUGUUAAAGCUCUCUGUAACCGGUUGAGAAAGGAACGCGACCAAAUGGUGGGAGAGCUGGCGGAGGCGAGACGUCACGGCGGCAAGAAGGACUCUAAAGAGGGACGCGCGCGCGCGCGCUCGCACGACGAACACACGCACCGGGACACGGACGUGCAGGACUUCGAAUGGGAGAUAAUCGACGUAGAGUUGAGUGGCCAGAGCGCGGAGCUGGGCCUGGAGUUGCGCGGUGGUCGCGACGAGCCUUGUUACCCCAACGACUUCAGCGUCUACGUGGUCUCCGUCAAGAAGGGUUCUAUUGCAGACGGGAAGAUCAAGCCGCUGGACCGCAUCACGGAGGCGUGCGGCGUGUCGGCGUGGGCGCGCGGGGCGCAGUGCGCGGCGGCGCUGAGGGGGGCGCUGGCGCGCGGCGCGGCGCCCGUGCGUCUGCAGCGCGCCCGCGCCGCGCGCGCGCUGCUGCGGGUGGCGGGCGCCGGCCGCAGCGGGCUGACGCUGCAGCAGGGUAUUUUCAUAAGCAAAAUAGCGUGCGGUAGCGCAGCCGCCAAGGAGGGCAACAUCUACGUCGGAGACAGAGUCGUUAGCAUCAACAACCGGUCGCUGGAGGGCGUGGCCAGCGCGGCGGAGGCGGCGGCGCUGCUGGCCGACGUGCACUACGACUGCGUGCUGCUCACCGUGCUGCGGCCGCUCUACCCCUGCUGCGACCCGCGGAACCGGUGCGAGAGUUUCGCCUUCCUUCCACCACCGCCUGAGCCUAAGGUGCGCGUGGAGCACGGGGUACCGGAUUUUGAUCGAAGAUACGUGUACCACGUGGCGGCCGGUAGCCAGGGGAAGAUACACCAGGAGAGAGCGAGUGCGAUCAUUGGAUCGCAUUUUGCAGGCGCCUGGGACGUGAUACGGGGUAAGAUCGAAGCCGUCACCGGCGGAGGCAAGAGUAAGGACAAACAGGCAAAGGUGCCGGAGUCUGACGCUAUCGCAGAAUUGGAUUCCGUUAUCGACAGUUAUCAUGGAAAAACAAUUAAAGAAACAAGCAGUGUGCUGAAGAGGUCGCGUCGAAAAAAUAAAGAAGCUCAGAAUGAUGGGAAAAAUGGAGGCACCUGGCCGAAAGCUCGGGCUAACUUUGUAUUAGAAGAUAAUGCCACUGGCACCAUUGUUCAACCGCGUUCCAGGAAAGAGAGACCACCGCUAUCCAUUCUACUAAGUCCACCAACAAAGCUGCCGCCUGAACCUCAGCGAUCAAACACCAACAGGAACUCGAACCCCAUACCCUUAGGACACGUCCCAUUAACCCAAGUGACCACGCCAGCGAGACAUUCAGUUUACAAGUCUAUAGAAUCCAGUCCAGCUAUCGAACACUUUCCGAAACCAGCCCCUUUAGCCAUCCACAACCCUUUCGCACCAAGUAGCAUGAACUUUGAAAAGAAUCGCACGUUGGAAAAGGAAAAAAUAUCCAUUAGCGAUUACGAGCAGGAUGUGACGCCGAACAGAUUGAGUUUAGUUCAGAACCCGUCCGAGGAUUCCUUGUUCUAUCAACCAGCGAUGAGGAAUCGGACGAAAAGUCCACAUUCUUUAGACUUUAUGGUCAAUAAAGGACCCAAUUCUCUCGAUUUCGUGACGAGAAAAUCACCGAGUUCGCUUGAUCAUUCGAUAAAAAACCACACAGGAAAAGACAUUCUCGACCAGUAUUAUUCGUCGAAAAAAGCGUCCUCCCCGAAAACAGUGAAUAAAUAUCCAUCCGACAGUGAUAGUUUUGGUCCAGACAGUUUGAACAGUAAUGCAAAUUUUCCAAUGACAGGCACAUUACCGUCGCAUUCACGACUCCAGUCGCAGUAUUACAGAGGUCCUUUCACGAACUCGAACCCACAUACGUCUAGUCGUUACAACCACCUUUCUAGUCCAACGAACAUACCGCAGAGCCAAUCGGGAGAAAGCAUCGGAACAAGCUACGAUAUGCACUCAUUCACUUCUCACACGCACAAUAUGUCAGAUCUCCAACCGGUACCUAGAGCCAACCGAGAAUAUCACCAUACAUAUGAAGGAGGAACGUUUCCAAGGAAAAAAGAAAACCAAAGGUUUCGAAUACCUUCAAAUCCAAGUGUCACAUCGAAGAAUUCCGCGGGAAAACUCAGCACAGGGUCAAUAGAAAGAAGUUCGGAAAGGAAUUCCCCAAUGCCGACAUUUCACGUGGAAGUCCUGAGCCCUGGUAGAGGUGCUAAGCAAUUAACACAUAAAGGAACAAGGAAUUCAAUGCCAGAAUAUUGUGGGUUAGGCUGGAAUAAACCGUUGCCGGGAGAAUUGCGAAGGGUGCAUAUAGACAAAAGUCAGCAACCGCUCGGAAUACAGAUAUAUUGUCCUCCAAGCAGUGGUGGCGUCUUUGUCUCCACUGUGAACGAUAAUUCCUUGGCUAGUCAAGUUGGUUUACAAGUUGGCGACCAGCUGCUUGAAGUCUGCGGUAUUAACAUGCGAUCGGCUACAUAUACAUUGGCCGCUAGUGUAUUACGGCAGAUUGGUAAUUCUAUAACGAUGCUUGUCCAAUAUAGUCCUGAAAAGUAUAAGGAUGAAAUGGAAGUUCCGGGAAGUUCGUCUUCGGGAGAGAGUUCGCACGAUGAAGAAGUUUCCUUGUCGGGGUCACCGACUCCAAGAAACUCGCCUGGUCCGCAACAGUCUCUACGAAUGGAUGUACCUUCCACUGAUGUUGCCACGCUAAGACAAUCCCAGGGGAAUAAGGAUUUGCCUAGGUUUUUAUUGAUAGAGAUGCGGAAUUGUUCAGAUUUAGGUAUAAGUUUGGUUGGCGGAAAUGCGGUUGGCAUCUUUGUUCAUAGUGUUCAAAUUGACUCUCCAGCGUACAUAGCGGGGCUACGUACGGGAGAUCAAAUCUUGGAGUACAACAAUGUUGAUUUAAGGCGAGCCACCGCUGAACAGGCAGCUUUGGAGUUGGCGAAACCGGCCGACAAGGUCAGCGUGUUAGUUCGCCACGAUCUCCAACAAUACCACGAAAUCAAGGACAAACCGGGCGAUGCGUUCUACAUCCGCGCCGGUUUCGAUCGUUGUGCCAAAAUCACAUCUAUCGGCAUGGACACCAUCGACGAGUACUCUCUGUGGUUCAGGAAGGAUGAAGUUCUUUUCGUGGACAACACGUUGUUCAACGGCGCCCCUGGCCUGUGGCGAGCCUGGCAACUGGAUUGCAAGGGCGUGAAGAGGCAUUGGGGUACCAUACCCAGUAAAUUCAAGGUGGAGGAGAUCCUGCGGCGCUCCCUGGGCGCUCUGGACAGCGAGGCGCAGCGGCGCGCGUCCAGCACGGCGCGGCGCUCGUUCUUCCGCCGCAAGAAGCACCGCGACAGCAAGGAGCUGGCCACGUUCUCCAACACCGAGCUGGGCUGCUGGAGCGACUCGGGCACGCUGGCCGACGACGCGCCGCCGCUCUCCUACCAGCGCGUCGAGCGCCUGCACUAUGGUAGUCGAAGACCAGUAGCGGUUCUGGGCCCAUUGCGGGAAUGCGUCGCAGGCAAGUUAGUCACCGAUUGGCCGCACGUGUUCGCAAGAGCUCGGCCGGAUCCUCGGGCGUUGAGAGAUCUUGCCGAGAAGGGCAUUCAUUGCAUAGUCGACGUGAGCGUACCUAUAAUAGAGAAGCUUCACAAACAUCAGAUAUAUCCUAUUAUUCUAUUCAUCAAGUUCAAAUCUUUUAAGCAAAUCAAAGAAGUAAAAGAUACGAGGUAUCCAGCAGACAAAGUGUCAGCUAAGGCCGCAAAGGAAAUGUACGAACAUGGGCUGAAAGUAGAGAACGAAUAUAGGAAUUAUAUAUCUGCUGAAAUACCAGCGGGCGUCAACAUCGCUUACAUGUGCACGCAGACCAAGGAGGCAGUCGAAGAGGAGCAGAACAAGACCCUCUGGUCAGUCACGUUCUGCGCGCACUGUAAGUACGACAAACCCUCCAUACCUUCAGACGUCGACGUCAGGUACUAUUCGGACCCCGGACACCCAGAGACGCCCAAACAGAAAACUAAAAAGAAACCCAAGGAGGUCAAAAAUGAUUCCACAGACAGUGAUCUCAAAUAUUACUCCGAACCAGACGCGAAGUACUUCGAAAUCGAUUACGAAUUUCUCAAAGAGUUGAGGAAGAUAGCUCGCAAUAACUGUCCGAAAUGUAAACGGAAGAGGUCGAGGAAAAACGAUAAAGACUCGCACAGGUACAAGGAUAAGAGUAGGUCGAAGCCGCCUCGGAGCGUUCGAAUGAAGGAAAACUACGUCCUUUGCAACGGUAGGUAUCACAGCGAUAUGGAGCAUUGCAGGUACUGCUGCAAAGUAUGCAAUCGGUCCACCGAUACUUUGGACUCUAUAGAUGACGAGUACUCCCUAGUAUCGAGGAGCUACAGCCUCCCGUCUAGCAAGGCGACGAUAAGCUCGAGAUCCAAGUCGACACCGACGAAACGUCCCCGAGAGAGAAAGAAUUCGAUUCAAUCGAAUAAAUCGGUAUCGUUUCUCGAAUCGAGUAACGAGGAAUCAUUGAAAGACGAACCGAAUUACACGGCGACCAGUUUCACGAAUGAUUUAAAGAAGUUUCUGCUAAAACCUUCGUCGCCGAGACUAAGUCUGCGCGAGAAGUUUAUGAUAAGUUUCAAACAAGAACUGGAAGCGACGAAGAGAUCGCCCAAACUUAAAGCUAUUAAGGGUCUCUGGAAGUCGUAUUGAUACAGCUUAGUUUAUUAAGUACGUUUCUUUUAUCGUUUCUCAAGGACAUUAAAGAUAAAAUCUUCACCAUCUUUGUAUACUUUUGUACUUUAGUACGAAUAUUUCACAGGAUGUACCGCCGCGCGGUCCCGACCUGAUAUUUCCUUAUCUUGGUGCUUACUUAUUUUCUAGAAUAAUAUUCUCGUUUCUUUCUAUGACGUAUUUUGAAUAAACGUAAGUGUUCAGAA